AUCAAGUCUAACAACAACGGUGAUCCUCUUUCACCUGCACUUUUUGACGCUGCUGAAUACCUACGAAAAUAUUGCCUGAAAGAGGAGGGUAUCUUCCGUCGAUCAGCUGCUGCUUCUGCUGUGAGGGCAGCUCAACAGUGCUACAAUUCAGGUGCCCUUGGUCCAUAUGGAGUUUCCUGAAGAGGAUUAAGCUUCUUCAUCCUCGUAACCAUGCUGAUAAAAGAAAUUGGGAUGCAUAUUUUCUGCAUGUAAAAAAAGCUAAGCGAAUCAAAUGGUUUGACUAA